CUCAUUAUCAGUAUGAACCCUACGCCUACCUCCCUCCAUUACUUACAACCUUCCAUAUGUAUGUAUCUCUGCAUGCUAUAUAUUACUUGCAUCUCUCUCCCAAACCUUUUCAACUUCUUCUCUUCAUAUCAUCAAACACUCACUCUCUCUCUCUCUCUCACACACACAGUCACACAUAUGACUUCCUAGUAUGGAAAUGUAGUAGAAUCCUACAUGCACAUGAUUUACACACACAACACACACUGAUGAUCAUCAUUCCAUUCUUGCUCUACAAGUACACAUCCUAAUCAUAACGAUCAUACAACUUCAAGAAUCAUGGAGAAUCAUAAUUCAGGAGGGGCAGGAACUGGAUCAAACAGCUGCUCAAUUUUCUCAUCAUCAUCAUCGUCGUCGUCGUCUUAUUCGUUAUUGUUUCGGGCAGAUCAAUCUGCGUCGCCGGACGACUCCGCCGCCAAGAAAAUCAAGAGGAUUCGAGACCCCAAUUUCAACAGUUCCACCUCCAGUAAGCACCCGGUUUACCGGGGUGUCCGAAUGCGUAACUGGGGCAAAUGGGUGUCGGAAAUCAGGGAGCCCCGCAAGAAGUCGCGCAUAUGGUUGGGGACUUUCCCCACCCCGGAAAUGGCGGCGCGUGCGCACGACGUGGCGGCCCUGAGCAUCAAGGGCGCCUCCGCGACCCUCAAUUUCCCCGAACUCGCAAAUGCGUUCCCCCGUCCUGUCUCCCUCAGCCCACGAGACGUCCAGGCUGCCGCCGCGAAGGCGGCGGCGAUGGAGGAAUUCGAUGUUCUGUCUUCUUCGUCGACCACUUCCUCUUCUUCGUCGCUGACGUCUCUUGUUUCUUCGGUGGACCUGUCAACAGCGUCGGAAGAACUGAGUGAGAUCGUGGAGUUGCCGAGUCUGGGGUCGUGUUUCGAGCUGAGGGAUGACUUUGUGUACAAUGAUAACGGCGUGGAGGAGGGGUGGUUGGACCCUCCUCCGCCGUGGGGUGGUGGCGCUGCCGACGACGGUGGAAUAUCCAGCUUCUUGGAGACGAUGUUGUGGAAUUACUGAUAAUUGUGUAUUAAUAUACGUCAUGUUAUGUGCCUUCUCAUUUUCCAUUGAAGGUGUAAAGAUUUUUGUUCAUCAUUCGUCGUUCAAUCAAUCCAUUUGUACAGAGUUUAGGUCUCUUCAAACCUCUACCCCCCACCCCACUCUUAUUUUUUUUAUUUAUUUUCUUUUAAUUUUUUUUAUUUCAGGCAUCAAAUAAGAACCAUUUAGAUGGUUUAUAUUUUAUGUACAUAAAUUAUUAUUUUUAUUAGGCAUAAUUACACUUCCUUCUCCAUAGGUUCGGAGUAAUCAUGUAAUUUGAAAAAUUAUAUAUAGUAAUAUUGAUGUU